AUGGCGGUGUCAUACGUACCCGCCGGUCGUGUAGCCGUUAACGAAUUUCAUCGCCGAAUUGACGAUGAUGUCAUUUACUGGAAGAGGAUGCAGCAGUUAUCAGUGUUUCAAGAACCUUCAUCAGUAACAUCAGUAGCCUUCAGUCCUAUAAAACCUUACAACGUUGCGUCAACGAGCUCAGUGCGACUUUCACUCUAUGAUACUGUUGUAUGCGAACCCAUAAACUUGUUCAGCAGAUUCAAGCAAGCUGUACACGGUGUCAGGUUUAGACAUGAUGGUGAAUUAAUAGCAAUCGGCGGAGAAGAAGGUAAAGUGCGUAUUUUUGAUGUCGCUCGGUCUACAGGUGCUCGCAAGACUCCGUUGCGUAGUAUACGCGCUAGUCAAACAAGUGUAAGAUGUGUCGAGUUCUCUUCCUAUGGCAAAAUGCUGUACUCAGCGGCCUGCGAUGGGAUAGUAAAAUUGUGGGAUAUUUCAGAUACAGGGACGAAGCCAGUAUCAGAAUUCACAGCUCACAAUGAUGCUAUCCGAGCGAGCACGGUUUCGGCUCCAAAUGAUAACCUCCUUCUUACAGGAGGGUAUGAUCAUAAGGUAAAAUUGUGGGAUUCUCGGUGUGCAAGCGAGGGUCCUAGUGUAGAAAUGGAUGCUGGUUCUCCUGUAGAAAGUGUAGUGUUUUUGAAUAAUGAGCAUUUAAUUGCAACUGCCGCUGGAACAGUCGUUAGGAUUUGGGAUGUAGCUGCAGGUGGGAGACUGCUCAUGUCUUUGCAACAGCACCAUAAGACUGUCACUUCUCUUUGUUUGGGCAAAAAAGGCGAUGUGCUCCUUUCUGGGGGCAUUGACCGGAGAGUGAACGUCUUCCGUUUACUAGAUUUUUCGUUGCUUCACUCUAUGUCGAUGGCUGCACCUGUGCUAAGCUUAGCUAUGUCGCCAGACGAUCAAACGAUGGCUGUUGGAAUAGGUCAACUACUAGCCGUUCAUCGACGGGCGCCAGAGUCGAAGGCUAUGGUUAGCGCUCAAACGGUCGACAAGCGCACAAUGAUUCGUACAGCUGCCCCGAAGGCGCAUGUACAAGAAGCCGGAAAGUCAAAGCAGACUAUUGAAAUAAGCGCAAAAUCUAGUGAUCAGCAUCGCUUAUCGAAGAUAGAUUCGUUGCUGAAAGGAUACCAACAUGCAGCUGCUGUUCGUAAAAUGUUUCAUUCUUAUUAUUUCCACAGUAAAAAAGAAGAAGUAGUGGCAUGGUUACGAGUCAUUGUCCACAGAGGAGCUAUUCGUCGAGCUAUCGCAGGGCAGGAAGAUGAUAUUCUUGUCAACAUGCUUAAGUUCCUUCAUCUGCAGAUGUUCCGUGGUAGCCAUUUUGACGUUUUAAGACACGUUGUUGAUGCUUUUUUCGAUGUUUAUGCAAAUGAGGAGCUGCAUCCUAAAGUUGCGAAAUUGGCGCUCGGACUCAAGACCGCUGUGUCGAAAGAACUGGUUGUUCAGAAUCAGCUUUUGCAAACGAUCGGAGCGCUUGAAUGUAUAAUGAAUGCAGCACGAGUAUCGUCGUUACAUUAUGAGCCUCCAAAGGACAAAAGCACGCUAGCAAAAGAAGGCUUGAGGCUUCUAUCAGAGAGGCAGCGAGAUCCGUUGGGUUUGUUUGGCGAGCCUACUCUUGGAUCUCUGUCGCUGGACCUUCUUGGUAAGGAAGGGAGCACUUAG